AGAAAAGUAUAGGAAAUUUUUCAUAGGAUUACAUUCCUAUAGCUCAAUUUCACAUGAAAAUAAGCAAGAGGUUUAACCUCUUGAAAACUUUUAUUUGCUUUAUUUGUUUCCUAUGGUACUACCAAAGGGACUCUUUAUAUUUUUUUUUGUGUCUUCCAUUCCUAUAGAAUUAGGAAAACAUGUCAAUUCGAUUCCUACGUUUUUCCUAUUCCUAUGUGUUUUUCUACCCUGCGUUCCAAAUGGACUUAGAAUCGAGUUACCAGAUAACUGCAUAUACAAGUCACUACAGAUUUAACACUAGCGCUAUUUAUUUAAGGUUCAUUUCUCAAUGGAACGAUCCGUUAUCAUUUUUGGCCCUUUUUGGGAUGCAUAAAAUACAUCAUUUUCUUGUGUGCUUUUCAGCUUAUUACAUGCUAAUUAGGACACAAAUGUAUCAGCAAAUAAUUCAUAUUUUCCAUCUGAGAAAUUGGUUGGCACGAGCAACAAAUUGACCAUGCAAUUGCAGCCGCACUUUUGAGUAAAAAUGGCAGGUGAAAGUGAAACAACAGAAAGAUUAAGCCGUUUAUGGCACGAGCAUUUCUACCGCUUCACUGUCGCCAACUUACGAGCUCCGUUGCAACAGCCUCCAGCUGCAGUUAAUCACUUAAUUAGGCGCACUUAAUUUGGGAUUAACAACGCUAACCUUAACUUAGACCGGCGCCUCUCCUUUAUUAAUCAAGGCGGGCCCACGACGGCAGCACAAACUCACACACACACCAAAGUCAAAAACGAGGGGGAUUGGCCGUCGUGGGCCGUCCGAUCAGAAUCCAACGGCUGAGAUCUCAGCCGUUGACCGGACGGCGCCGACGGUGUAAGCCGCCUCCUCCUCCGCCCCGCUGCUGCUCGCGCCAAGAUCGGCGGCGGCGGCGAGCAUGGCGUUUCCACGGGAGGGAGGCGGCGGUAAUGGCGGCGACGGCGAGGCGAGGGAGGAGAGGGUGUCGUCGGGCUACUACUCGUCGUCGUCGGCGGCGAGGCAGCACGGGAGCGAGCAGCCGCCGCCGACGCAGCAGAUGGAGCGGAGGUCGUCGGCGGCGGCGGCGGCGGAGGAGGGCGUGGGCGUGGUCCUGGUCGGCAGCGGCGAUCCCGGCCGGAUUCCGGCGGCGGUGUUCGAGCGGGACACGUCGGAGUCGAACAAGGACUGGAGCAUGAUGUCCACGGAGUCGGUGUUCGCGCUCCAGGUGGCGCCGUCCAGCGACUUCACCGGCUUCUUCCUCGCGCACCCGGAGCUCAUGGACAUCGCCACGCCGCCGCGCUCCAGCUCCAGCUCCGCCGCCGCCGCCGCCGGCGAGGCCGUCGGCCACGCGCACUCCGCGCAGUUCGAGAGCAUCCCGGAGCUCGGCGAGGCCACCAUGCGGAUCCAAGGCCAAUACUCCUUCGCCUUCCCCAAUUUGGUAGAGGUCAAGAGGCACAGUGCCAAGAACCCUCAGGAGGAUCAACCGAUGUCGGCGACGAUGGCGACAGCGGCGGCGGCAGAGACGACGGCGCCGGCGCCGGUGAGGGCAGAGACGAGCAGCAAGCCGGAGGAAGCUCCAGCGAAAGCAGCAACAAAGGGAGGCUGGCUCCCGUGCUUUCCUUGCUGCUAAUCGCAAAGCAAAUGCAUGUAAAAUCCAGUCUUGUUCUUGUUCGGUUGUUCCUAUGCAACUCAAUGCUGAGGUGUGUGUGCAAGUAAUUUAAGAACCAUCUUUCAGUGUGGUUCAAUUGGUAAAUAUAUACUACCUUCAUUUCACAUUA